CCCUCCCCCUGGUCCCCCCUCCCUGUCUCCUUAUAGGUGGGUCCUUCAGUCUCUCCUCUCCUCACACUCCAACCUGUUCAUCUCUCAUCUGGACAGUAAGGGUUGUUCACAUCACACACUGACAACAUGCUGGGGACACUCUGCACUCUCAUCACUGCUCUAACAUGUGUCAGUGGUGUGGUUGUAGUGACACAGAAGCCUCCUGUUGUGACAUUGAGGAAAGGAGAGAUGGUCACUCUGGACUGUAACACAGGGGGUGAUGGCAAGAUUGCUUUUUGGUAUAAACACGUACAAGGAGGAGUUCCACGGUUUGUGUUAUAUUACCACCAUAGCUACAGUUCUGUAAAAUACGGUUCUGGUUUCUCCUCUCCUAAAUUCACAUGUAAUCAUCAGUCUCAAAGUGAUUAUCAGUUUAUCAUCAAUAAUGUGGAGGAGUCAGACUCAGCAGUGUAUUACUGUAAGACAUUGGACGGCUCUGCUAAUGAGUACGUAUUCGGACAAGGAACCAAGCUCAUUGUCACUGACUCUACUCUCCCUCCACCUGUCUUGACCAUCCUCUCUCCAUCCAGUGAUCAGUUGAAGUCCAGUAAAGUCACCCUGGUGUGUCUGGCCAGUCAGAUGGCCAUGGGCUACGCUGAUGUCAGCUGGAUCGUGGGGGGGAGUUCAGUCACCGGUAACAUCGUUACCAGUACUGCUGUACCACAAGAUGACAAGACGUUCCAGCUCAGCAGCUAUUUGACCAUUGACACGUCAGAAUGGAACCAGGACAAAGAGUUUUCAUGUAAAGUCACUGUGGGCUCCAAGUCCACUGAGAAAUGCAUCAGGAAGUCUGAAUGCAGCAAUGAAUAAUAAGCAUCAAUUUUGUAUUUUUAUUUUUCACAUUUUCCCUGCAUAUACAAUACUGUUUCAUAAAGAGAGAAAUAACUGUACUCAUGUAGCAUACCAUAGACACUGAUUAAAAAUGUUUAAUGAUUAACAGAUAAUGUUUGAGCUUUGCAAUAUUAUUUGGAUUUUCAAUAAAGAGCAUU